GUCGCGCAUCCUCUGCCGCUCCAAUUUAAUUUACAUUUGCAACACAGCGAGGUGAUCGGCUAUGGCGACUGCCACUGUGGGUCCGAGCCGCUGUCAACAUACCCUGGACAAAGACCAAGAGCUGUUUCUGAAUCGGCUGUCUGCGAGCGAGAGGAGAAAUAUUUUGAGGAGAUCUUCUAAAGAGAAGAAACGGACAGUGACCGCAGCAGUAUCUCUGGAUCAUUUGCAUCCUCCUGCAAACAUUGUGGCGCAAGGGAACCGGGAAGGCAGUGUAGCGCUACACUCAUGCAAAAGAGUCAACAUUGCGGUUAACGACCAUGCAAACGCUAUUGAAUCUGUAGAUCUGACAGGGACACGUUCAUCCCCGGCCGCUGCGGAAGUGCUAUUGAAACGGGAUAGCAACAGGGUCCAGACAGACGGGGGGCAGCUUAACCCGAACGGAAUAGUUUGCAAAAGUGGUGCCGGUGCAAAACGUUUGACGCCCUGCACGCAAAACGGACCUAAACCGCAGGUUGUGCCGAACGGUGCUAAAGAACCGGAAUCAGGUUCUGUCAUAAGUGGUCAGCAGAACUUUCAGAGGGGCGCCCGGCGAUCAUCGCAAGUGACGUUACAUCAGGCGCUCGAUUUCAGCGCUCUGAGUGAAGCAAACGGGUUUAGCGCACACAGCAUCAGCAGCAGCAACACUAGCAGUCGUAACAAGAUGCCAAUCUUAACCCAAGGGAGAUCGGGAGUGGUGAAGAUGAUGCGACACGAGCCGCCGCGGAGGGAGGCAUGGUCCAUCUUUGGACAGGAGGACCCGAGAGUGAAGAAGGAGAGGGGAGAGGGGCACUGCUUCAGCCUGACCCCUGUCACUCACGACUGGUGUGAUGCGUGUAAUCGCCAGGUGAGCUGUCAAGCGCUCAGGUGUAAAAACUGCAGCUACACUUGUCAUCAGGAAUGCCGGAGCCUCAUUCAACUGGACUGCAACCAACAGGAGAAACAACUGGAGGAUAAGCCCUCUCCAGGGAGCCCUGUGCUGCAGAGGAGAGCCAAGAAUGUCACACAACCACAGCCCCGACAACCACAACAACAGGAAGAAAAACCAAAGGUCCUUUCAGAGGAGGAGAUCAAGAGGAAGAUAGAGGAGUACAACUCCAAAGUGUCGGACUGCUUUGGAAUGAAACUGGGUGAGGACGGCAUCUACACAGGGUUCAUCAAGGUGAACCUGAAGCUGCGGCGGCCGGUGACCGUCCCGGCAGAGGUGCAUCACACAGCGGACAACCAGACCCCAGGCUUGGACAAGAGGACCUCCUUCUACCUGCCCCUGGACGCGGUCAAGCAGCUGCACAUCAGCAGCACGACGACAGUGAGUGAGGUCAUCCAGGGCCUGCUCAAGAAGUUCAUGGUCAUCGACCACCCCAAGAAAUUUGCACUUUACCGGCAGACGCACCGCGAUGGCCAAGAUCUCUUUCAGAAGCUGCCCGUCUCAGAUCACCCGCUGUUGCUGAGGCUGCUGACUGGCCCUGACGCUGACCUGCUGACUUUCGUACUGAAAGAAAACGAGACGUCGGACGUGGAGUGGCAUGCCUUCUCAGUCCCAGAGCUGCAGAACUUCUUGACGAUACUCGAGAAAGAGGAACGGGACAGGAUCAAGCAGGUGCAAAAGAAAUACGUUUUGUAUCGACAAAAAAUGGAACAGGCUUUAAAAGAGGCAGGAGAUAAGCCUGGAUAAGCGAAAACUAGAGACCAAAAAGAAACCAGAAUAGACGUUCAUUUGAAAACGUUCCACUCAGGACACUUUCGGCCGGUCUUUUUGCGAGGGAAACUGAAGGUAAAAGCCAGAAGAGGUUGGAAGCGUACUUUUAAACGCGCCCACAUGCUGGCAGGACUGUGCCAGUUAGGACCACCCUAGGAUUAUAUACUGAUGGUCUCUGGAUAGACCGUGUACAAUGCUGCUGCUGCUGCUGCUGCUGCUACUGCUACAAGUGCUACUUAGCAUGAGUUUUAUGAUUACGCUGGGUUGUGUUUGCAUGACUUUCUGCCACUGUUGUGCGAUGGGGAGACAGAAGUCUUCUUUUUAAACUAAGAACCAUUUUUAAAGGAUUUUAAUGCUUUGGAUAUCGAUUACAAAAGGCUAUCCUAAAUGGAGCAUGGUAUAUCUGGUAUAGCCAGUAAAAUCCCACUAUUUCCACUGGCUUCCCCAAAUCCCUGAGGCUGAGAAUGGAAAAGGCCAGGAUGACACAAACUGUUAACAAUUAUAUGGUACUCUACUGUAGGUUUGUGAGUCUGUUUCUCCUCCGAUCUUCUGAGGAACUCAAGUUUAAGAAGUAGAAUAAUGUUAAAAAUGUUACAAUUGCAUGAUGUCAUGGUUAUACAUAAUAUUAAGAGGAUGUUGUGGAGUCACAGUAAUUCAGAUUGGACAAAUCCAUGUCAGGUUUGCCUUGCUUAGCUGAGUAGAUCCUUUUGAUCUGUGCUCAAACCAGCUGUGUUUCUUGUGCGAGAUUUGGAGCACUGAACGAGAUUAAAAGGCAUGAUAACCAAAUGAAGUUCAGAUUCCUUAAAUGUUGCUCUCUGUCUAGCACAAAAUAUUGAUCGCUCGACACAAGGCUGGGGGGCCGUGCUUCUUUAAGCACUUAAGCCGUUUCUAGGUUUGGCCACGAGUACGAAGUACUGUGAAUCACAGGAAGAAAAAAGACAACACCAGAAGCACUGCAGUAUUUUACCGCUGCCACAUUUAAGCCGUUCGUGAUUAAACCAAAACCCAAACUGCAUGGGCAUUAUUAGGUUCUGUAAUACCUUCUCUCCCCACCAGAGGGCAGUCUGCAAUACAGUAUUCAAGAAUAACAAUGGAUAUGACCAAGCUGAAGUGACUGUGAAUAUCAACGAGUUAACUGCCGCACUAAUCCAACAUACAAACACUGUUCAUCCAGAGUCAGUGCCUGUAUGUAUUUCAUGCAUACCCCUGGUGCCUAAUUAAAUAUGAUAACAUUUAAACACUGCACUGUGUUCCAUAAUAUAUAAAACAGUACAAGGCUUGUAUAGUGUCUGCCGCUGGCAGCCCUGUUUAGUGACUAGCUAAACAGAUUCUAAUCCACAGCCUUGAGUGGAAACUAGAGUGCUGGGACAAAUUACACAGUAAAGGGAUCUCUCAGGAUAAAAGAAAUCCAAUACCCCCAUCAAGUUACCUUGAAUAAAUGAGAGAAGCACUUGCCCAUACUGUCAUGUAUAAAUAUUACGUUCUGAACAUGAAGUUACGUGAUGACUAACAAGCAGUGUUUGUCCCAGCACUAGUUUUUAUUGAAUUUCAUUUUUUAAGCCCUAUGAUCGUACAACCAGACCAGGAAUUGCCUUUCUACACACUGUCCUGCCUCCCAGUACCACACAGGAAAGGUAUUUAAUUUUAUUUUAUUUUUUUGAUGCUUCUGUGUAUGUUUCAAGUUUGCAAGCUUGGCACGCAAGAGUAACGAAACUGCAGUGUUACGAAGGCUGUGAAUCUGCUUUUAAUGGAGUAAACAUUCUUGUCCUUUCUGUAAACAGCCCUUUGUUUCAUGAAUACUAGUACAUGUUUAGUAUUUUAUCUUUGAACCUGUUUCAAAUGUUCUAUUCAUUUUCAAAUGCAGUAUUAAAAGCACAUGGAUGUACAAAAAAUCAGAAUGCUGUAAAUCAUGUUUAAAGUUAUUUUCCUAAUAGUACAGUACAUGCUUGGGUAGAUGUUUCGUACCCCCUCCUUUUAAGCUGGGCUGCAUUUCUUUCACGGUAAAAAAAUGUGCUUAUUUCACAGCAUUUCAUGGUCUAAAAACAGCACUAGAUAUUUCACAGCAUAUCAUGAUUUAAGCAUAAGCAGAAAAACAAAAUUGUCACAUUUGAUCUUGAUCAUUUCUUCUCGAGUUAUCAACAAAUGUUCUAAAGUUUUUGCAUUCCCGAGAAACAGUAACAGUUUUAUGUCCACCUUUUAAGACAUUUUAUUUUUCAGCAGCAAUUAUCAAACAAAAUAUAAAUACGUGUGAAAAUAAGAACAGAGUUGUGAAAUGUCCCCUUCUUCUACUGGACAGAGCGAGCUUCCUUCAGCAGAUAUAUUUCUUGUCUUUGAUGCAGCUGGUGUAUUUUUCUUUUAAGACAUUUUAAAGAAAUCGUGCAGUUCUAUGCAGGGGGUGUGUUCAAUCAUUUACCGGAAGCAAACUAAACCAGCUGCCAGGUUCCUAAACGCAGUGUAACGGGAAAUGCAAUCAAUCAGGCAAACGUUUGCUGUAUUUAUUUUUAAGUGCUAAAAAAUAAAAAAAGUAUAUUUACUCUUUCAGAAAUGGGAAUUUUCACAGGAACUACACGGCAAUGGGUAAAUUUCACAAAUAUUGUGAAAUUUGUGAUAACCUUGAAAAAAAUACAGCCUUACUUUUAAGGGUUUACAGCCUUAGUUCUUACUGCAGCCGUGCCUUUUCUGUUUUGUGUUGCUUGGUGUAACUGUACAAAUAAAACUCAUUACAAGCUGUAAAGAAAAAAACAUCAGAUGAAUGUCCAAAUGCAAACCAAAUGCUGUUCUGGGACCUUGACAAACAUGUGUGUAAUUUAUUUUAUGAGCUUAAAAUGUUAAUAUUCUUGUUUUUCUUUGGUUUUACGGGAAAUACUGUAAAA